UCAAGUGAUAUGUACAGUAAUACGGAACCCUAAAAAUGAUUUAUCCACUGUAUUUUUUAUUAAUUGCGUUAAUCACAUGUUCAUGUGAUGCCUACAACUUCAAAUGUCCGUCCGACGGCCGUCACUACCUCCUACCUCAUGAGACCAGUUGCGCUAAGUUCUAUUAUUGUGAAUAUGGGGUCAGAAGGAACGACGCGAGAUGCUGCGCCCCUGGUACCUUGUUCUCUUUUGAGAAGCAAGUCUGCGACCACCCACAUUUGGUCCGAUGCGUCUGCGGUAACAAAGGUAACAUAGCAGACUGUAACGGCACCCUUGCGAAUGGUUGCCCGUCAGACUUUACAGUGCGCAGACAGUUUCCGCACGAGUCUGAUUGCAGCAAGUAUUACAAUUGCGUGAAGGGGGAGAAGCUUUUGGAAACUUGUCCUAAGGGUCAGCAUUUUAAUGCGAAAGCGGAGGUAUGUGACAGUCCAGCAAACGCAGGCUGCGAUCCAACUUGCAGUUGUAACAGCACUUUACCCAACGGAUGUCCGUCUGACUUUAAUAUAGAGAAACUAUUUCCUCAUGAAUCUGAUUGCACUAAAUACUAUCAAUGUGUCCAUGGAAACAAAGUGUUGAGGUCUUGCGCGCCUGGCACGCAUUUUAGUGACGCACAUAAGAGAUGUGAAGACCCGGCAACAGCUGGUUGUGAUACUGGAGCUGGUCAAGGAGGCUGUGGGUGUGGGCAAUCCGGAUGUGGUGGUUCCUGUGGAUGUGGUGAAACUGGUGGUGGUGAAAGCGGUGGUGGUUCUUGUGGAUGUGGUGAAACCGGUGGUGGUGAAAGCGGUGGUUCUUGCGGAUGUGGUGGAGAAACUGGUGGUGGUGAAAGCGGUGGUUCCUGUGGAUGUGGUGAAACUGGGGGUGGUGAUACUGGAUGUGGUGAAACUGGGGAAACCGGUGAUGGUUGCGGUUGUGAAGAUGGUGGUGGUGAAGACGGUGGUGGUCAAAGUGGUGAUCUACCAAACGGAUGUCCAGCUGAUUUCUGUAUAUCGAGACUGUUGAAACAUGAAACGGACUGCUGUCAGUUUUACUUUUGUAUUAAUGGGGAAAAGUUAUUGGCCAAGUGCCCUAAUGGACUGCAUUUUAAUGCUGAAUUACAGAAAUGCGACGACCCAGCGACCGCGGGUUGCGCGCCAGUUUGUGAUGAAAAGUGCAAAGGUUGCCACGUACCGUUCUGGCGCGACCAGACCGAUUGCACCAAGUUCUGGCGCUGCGUGAGCGGAGCCCGCGUGGUACAGACCUGUCCGGAGGGUCUGGCGUUCAAUGUAGAGAAGCAGACGUGUGACUUCAAGUGCAAUGUGGUCUGCAGUUGUACGAGACACAUGAAUAUAACGAAUAAUAGUAUACUGAAUCGGAUUCUGAAUUUGACGCAAAUUGAAGAUGAUAUCGAUUGAAAAUAAUUGGAAAUACUUAGCUUGAAAUAUAAAAGAUAUUAUGGUUAUAUUAUCGAUAUAUACAUGGCAAAAAAAAAUACAAAAAAAAUGUAAAUAUGCUCCGUAUUAACGGGUCACUAAGGCUGUAUACGCAGCAUUAUAUAAUGUUCUAUAAUAUUAUUAACUAUAAGGUGAAGGGAGAUGUAUCUUUCUAUUAAUAAAUAUU